UGCCUCACCUGAUAAUCUACUCAUUAGCUUCCACUUUGCUGAAUACUACGUAAUAACAAUUCCAUUUACAAUUACUUACUUUAAACAAUUCUUAUUUAUUCGCUUCUCACGAACGCUGCUUUGUUUCCAAAAGGAGGGGUAGUUGGCACUAGUUGCAAUAAUCAUGAACCACUUGCCGGAAAACUUUUUCGUGAAUGUGGACUUCUUCCUUUCCAACCAAGUAUUUGAGCAGGCGCGGAAGUUUAUUAGGUCGAUUCCGAACUACAGCAAGCAGGAUGCGGCCUACACAUUCUUCCUCGGUGUUGUCAACAUGUUGGAAGGAAACUCACAGGAGUCACUACGGGAUUUUUCCGAGCUCCUCGAACAUGCUGUGUUCGCGCUUCCUGCGCUGACGGGACAGAUGUGCAUCUACAGUCAGCAAGAUGAAAAAGACAGAAUGGCUGUGCAGAAGCUUCGGCAGACAAUCGAGCAGACGAAGACCUCCGCAAUCGACGAGGCGCACUUUCUUAGCGGGUGGAUAUUUUACCACAACGGCAGCUACAGCGAAGCGCUAGCGUCCGUUCAGCAGAGCAUCGCGGUCAACGCCGGUUAUGGACGAGCAUAUUCCUUGAUGGCGAUGUUGGAAAUGCAACAACAUGGUCCAACCGACCGCGUCAAAACCAACCUUCAGAAAUCCAUUACAGCAAAUCCCAAGGAAGCCCUCCAGGCAAAACUUUUACUGAUCCACUGGCAUAUCCUACAGAAUGACCUUGCGACGGCAGCGGCGGAGUUUCGCGACAUCGUCUCCAGCAAUGAGAAAGCCGCACCGGUGCGCAUCAUGAACUUGACCUUGCUGAUCGUGCAGAACAACUGGGAAGCCGUGGCGACGGCCGCGGACAAACUAGUGUCGGUCGAUCAACAGCUGUUCUUGCCGCAUAUUUACUGGUGUCUAUGCAACAUUUGCUCCCGGCGACCGGCAGUGUGGAAAGAGUUUGAGGCGUCGGCCAUUACCGUUCUGGAGCGUCUGCAGAAAUUCGAACCGAAGAACCCCGGUUUGUGGGCGAAAGUGUGUCGUCUACUGACGAGAAUGAAUAACGGCUCAGGGGCGGUUCUCGAAAGAGCCUCGACAUUACUGCGGCAAGCACUUUCCACAUUCACCGGCAAUGCCACUCUGCUUCUGGAGCUGGGCGACCAUCUGUUGACGGCGGGUCGCAGCGAAGACGCCCGCGGCAUGUUUGAAAGGGCACUCAAUCGACCGGCAUUUGGAUUCCGGGCCAUGCUGGGUUUAGUUAAGUGUGAUUUAAUGCAAGGAAAACAUGAGAAGGCGCAAAGCGAUUUGCAACGAGCGGCUCAGUUAUUUAUUUCUGACACUGAACCUCGAGAACUGGUGCCGUAUUUGCCCUUGAGAAGCAGCGAACUCGAUUAUCUGCACGUAAAACUGGAUUUAGUCAAACAGAACUAUGGCAUCGAAAGUACGCCGGAAACCAGCAAAACCACCGGAACAAAACUACUGCGCAUUCUUAGCCGUUCGACAUCGUUCAUGCAGACGAACAAACCGCUUGAUCUGGAUUACUUCGUCAUGGUUGAUCCAUACUUCACAACGCGUCUCAUCAGGGAUGCACUGCAGUACUGCCAGUCAGAGCCGCAAAAGCUGAUUGCUAACAGCCCUUUACUGAACCAUUGCGAGCAAGUGCUGACCUCGUUGCUCGGAGUCGCACCGGGAUUUACGGACUGCGCAGUCCUGCUAGCACAUGUACAGUACCUCAAAUCGGAUUUCACCAAAGCCGCCUACACGGUGGAGAAUGUCCUGGAGUCGGAACUCUAUGGGCGCGACGCGGAAGCGCUUCUUGUGGCAGCCGAAGUUUACGCGGCACAAAACCAGACAGCCAAAUGCCGCACCGCCCUCGAACGGGCGCUUGCCAACAAUUUCCGCUUAAAAGACAAUCUCCGAUACAUCGUCCUCCACAACCAACAACUAGCCGCUUCCGGCAACAGUGCAGAGGCCAUCGCCAACCUCACUGUGUCCCUCAACAAACCCGGCGUUUCCAAAUACACCCCCGACACCGACUACACCCUCUCCGAUCGGUGCAGCGUCUUUCUGGCGCUCAUCCAGUUGUGUAUUACCACCAGCCAGUACACCGCCGCCCAGGAUACGCUGGAGGUGGCAUUCGGGGUGUUCAAGGGAACAUCACAAUAUCCCCGCCUUAUUCUGGCUAAGGCGGAUGUUUUAUUGGCCAUUGAUAGCCGUUCGAAGGCUGUGAUCAGUCUGCUGAAUUCGGUUGGACCGGAAAUGGAGGAUAGCUACUAUCGGACGCAGGAAAAAUUGGCCGGUUAUUAUUUGGCCAACGGGAUGCCGAAUGAAUAUGCGGAAUUGUAUGAGAAUCUACACGCGGCUAUGAAGGAUAAGAUUGCGGCUGCGGUGAUGUUGGGGGAGGCAUACUUGAGAGUCCCACAACCAACCAAAGCUCUUCAAGUGAUCCAAUCAGCGAUGAAACUCGACCCGGACAACCCUGUUUUGGAAGCCACAAUGGGUCAGUUCUACACGAAAACCCACCUCUUCGCCAAUGCCGUCAAUUAUUACGAAGCGGCAGUUAAGAAGGGUAACCGGACUGUGCGCUUGGACUUCGCCCGGCUUUUAUUAAAACUGAAACGCCUGGAACGAGCGGAACUGCUGUUGCAGGAAAUCAUCGCCAGCGAAACUCCCGGUUUUGCUGACGCUAUGCAGCAGAUGGUCGCUUUUAUGUUACUGGGAAAAACAUACAAAGCGAUGGGUUUAACCGAUAAAACAAUUGCAACACUAAAAGAAGGAAAAGAAAAACUGGAAAAGAUAUUUCUGCGUGCGCGGCGAGAAAAUCCCGAUGCAAUCCCGGAAAUUUCGGCCUCAUUAACUGAGGUGCUUCAGUUGCUGUGUGACCUUUACUGUAACCAAGGCGAUCACCAGUCCGCCGUGGAUAUCCUGCAGCAGUCGCGGUCUCUGCUGCGCGAAGAGGAUAAACUGACAGUAACCAAGACGCUGGCCCGUGUACUGCUCCUCAACAACGACGCCAGUGAAGCGUUUCGUUAUGCCAAAGAAAUCCAGAAAAUGAAUCCCACCGAACCACUAACCAUUCGCUUAAUGGCGGAAGUUGCGUUCCGCCGCAAAGAUUUUGACAUGGCGGUGGCGUAUUACAAGGAGUAUCUGAAGAAAUAUCCACAGGAUCUGAAAACUGUGGCGGAGAUGGCGCCGGUAUUGAUGAGACUGGGGCAAGUGAACGUUCUGCAAUCGUUUCUCGAGGAAAACGAAAAGAUGCGCAGUCAGUCCGAAUUCAAAGUGCUCUUCAAUUUGUGCGACGGAUUGCGUGCACGGUAUUGUGGACAGACGCAACGCGCAGUGGAGUUGAUUAUGCCGGCUGUUGAGUUAACCGACAUUGCAGCUUAUGGUGCUCGAAACCUUAUCGAGGUCAUUUGCAACUGGGAUCUCGAGCUACCGGGCAGUCAACACCUCCCGUCGACUUCCGCCUCCGCGACAGAUCUUGUAAAUGUCUGCAAUGUUAUUGGGCAGAAAGCGAAACUCUUGAUAGGGAGCAACGAUUAUAUGAUUUGCGAAUAUCUGCCCAUACUGUAUCGAGGCGAUCGAGCCCAAGUGGCGGAACUGCUCGGCAAAAUAGAAAAAUGGGAAACCGAAAAGGUUAUCCCGCCUAUGAACGCAUACAUAUUGGCUACUGUAUUACUGCUGCUAAACGAAAAGCCCCGCGCUCUGGAAUUAUUGAGAAGACACGAAAGAAUGCCUUGGAGCUUUCAGGAUGCAGAAUAUUUGGAGCGCUUAUGGCUGCUAUUAGCCGAACAGCUGGAUCUGUCCAACCGCGGGGAUGACGUCUCUCAGCUAAUGUUCCGCUGCAUCGAAUACAACCGCACCGGCUACUUGGUCAACAUGUACGAUGGAUUCCACUGCGGCAACCAGAACCACCCCAAAGCGGCGGAAUGCUUCCGGCGGGCAUUCGAAACCACCGGCUGUACGGAUUUCGUCAGCGGGGAGCGCAUGGCCCUGGCGCAACUUAGUUCCCACCGUCCCAUGGACGCCGUGGAUACCGUGGAUCAGCUCAGCCGCCUGCCCGCGGACAGCAACGGCAACAUGGCCCGGUCGAUCGUGCAGAUGCGACAGAUUGCCCUAAAUCAGCUGGCGUUCCGCAAGGAUGAGCGGGAUAUGAAGGCAGAUGCGGCUGGACGAAGAAUGUCGAGAACUUAGUCUAAUGGCUAAUGGCGCAAAGGUGUCGCUAUAUAAAUAACGCUAAUCGCAUUACAGCGCGUCUAUUUGAUGGUGUUCGUGUUUGCAAUUGGCAGCUGCUGCGUGUUUAGACAAUUACAUCUUAGACUCGAAAAGGAAUGUCAACAGCGGAUUGAAUAUAAAA